AUGAAUGAGCAGAACGGGAAGGAAGUGGCCUCCAGGGGGCCCCACACCUGCCAGACCCGUGAUGCUGGCUCCAGGGCUGGGCAGGAGGAGCGGCUAUCCUGCGGGUCUGCUGGGGUCGGGGGCAGGCUGCACGUCCCCCUGGGUGCCUGGCUGUCGGGCCGUGGGGUCCCAGCGGCCGCUCGCCUGCAGCAGCGUGACUCCGACAGGUUGCUCUCCUCUCCGCCUCCACGCACCACCUGUGAGAGCUCCACGCAGGAGAUCGGCGAGGAGCUGGUCAACGGGGUCGUCUACUCCAUCUCCCUGCGCAAGGUGCAGGUGCACCCCGCCGCCAGCAAGGGCCAGCGCCGGCUCGGGUGUGAGAAUGAGUCGGCCCUGAGCCUGUACGAGACCUGCAAGGUGCGCACGGUGAAGGCGGGCACGCUGGAGAAGCUGGUGGAGCACCUGGUGCCCGCCUUCCAGGGCAGCGACCUCUCCUACGUCACCAUCUUCCUGUGCACCUACCGCACCUUCACCACCACCCAGCAGGUCCUGGACCUGCUGUUCAAACGCAGGUUCGGUAGAUGUGACGCCCUCACGGCCUCCUCUAGAUACGGAUGCAUCCUCCCUUACUCCCACGAGGACGGCGGGCCCCAGGACCACCUGAGGAAUGCCAUCUCCUCCAUCCUGGGCACCUGGCUGGACCAGUACUCGGAGGACUUCUACCAGCCCCCGGGCUUCCCCUGCCUCAAGCAGCUGGUGGCCUACGUGCAGCUCAACAUGCCUGGCUCGGACCUGGAGCGCCGCGCGCACCUGCUCCUGGCUCAGCUGGAGCGCACGGAGCUCACAGAGGCGGAGCUGGAGGCUCUAUCACCAGCUCCAGCGCUAGAGCCAGCUCCAGCACCAGUUCUAGCACCCAGUCCUGUGCCAACUUCAGAGCGGGAGCCAGCUCCAUCGCCAGCUCCAGCGCCCAGUCUAGCGCCAGCUCUAGCGUCCAGUCCUGUGCCAACUUCAGAGCAGGAGCCAGCGCCAGCGCCAGCUCCAGCGCCCAGUCUAGCGCCAGCUCUAGUGCCCAGUCCAGUGCUGGCAUCAGAGCAAGAGCUAGUGCUGGCUAGAGAGCCUGAGCCCGCUCUCGAACCAGCUCCAGAGCGAGAGCCAGCCCCGGGACCCACUCCAACAGCAACUGCAGAGCUGGAACCGGCUCUGUCGCAAACUCUGGAGCUAGAGCCGGCGCCAGCACCAGAGCCUCCCUGGCCUUCGCCUGUGGCUGCAGAGAACGGGCUCAGCGAGGAGAGGCCUCACCUCUUGGCGUUUGCUCCCGACCUGGUGGCGGAGCAGUUCACCCUGAUGGACGCGGAGCUGUUCAAGAAGGUGGUGCCCUACCACUGCCUGGGCUCCAUCUGGUCCCAGCGGGACAAGAAGGGCAAGGAGCACCUGGCUCCCACCGUCCGGGCCACCGUCAGCCAGUUCAACAGUGUGGCCAACUGCGUCAUCACCACCUGCCUCGGGGACCGGAGCGCGACGGCCCGGGCCCGGGCCAGGGUGGUGGAGCACUGGAUCGAGGUGGCCAGGGAGUGCCGGGUCCUCAAGAACUUCUCGUCCCUCUACGCCAUCCUCUCCGCUCUGCAGAGCAACUCCAUCCACCGGCUGAAGAAGACGUGGGAGGAAGUGUCCAGGGACAGCGUGCGGGUCUUCCAGAAGCUGUCGGAGAUCUUCUCGGAUGAGAACAACUACUCGCUGAGCAGAGAGCUGCUCGUCAAGGAGGGGACCUCCAAGUUUGCCACCCUGGAGAUGAACCCCAAGAGAGCCCAGAAGCGGCCGAAGGAGACGGGUGUCAUCCAGGGCACCAUCCCCUACCUGGGCACGUUUCUCACGGACCUGGUGAUGCUGGACACCGCGAUGAAGGACUACCUGUAUGGGAGACUGAUCAACUUCGAGAAGAGGAGGAAGGAAUUCGAAGUGAUCGCCCAGAUCAAGCUGCUGCAGUCCGCUUGCAACAACUACAGCAUCGAGCCCGAGGAGCAGUUCGGGGCCUGGUUCCGGGCCACGGCGCGGCUCAGCGAGGCCGAGAGCUACAGCCUGUCCUGUGAGCUGGAGCCCCCCUCCGAGUCGGCCAGCAACACUCUGAAGGCCAAGAAGAGCACGGCCAUCGUCAAGCGCUGGAGCGACCGCCAGGCCCCCAGCACGGAGCUGAGCACCAGCGGCAGCUCCCACUCCAAGUCCUGCGACCAGCUCAGGUGUAGCCCCUACCUCAGCGGCGGGGACAUCGCCGACGCGCUCAGCGUCCACUCGGCCGGCUCCUCCAGCUCCGACGUGGAGGAGAUCACCAUGAGCUUUGUCCCUGAGUCCCCCGACGGCCAGGAAAAGAAGUUCUGGGGAGUCGGCCUCCCAGUCGUCCCGGAAGACCUCGGGCUUCAGCUGGGCGUCUACAGGGCUCCUCCUCCAAGGGCUCAACCACGCUCGUGGCUAGUACCUCACACACAAAGGCCCGGACUUGGGGGUAGGAAGAUACAGCGCCUCGUAGUGCUCUAA